AUGCAUCUCCCGCUGCUCCUGUCAGGAGCUGUCUUGAGCUUCAUCGCUCCGACCCUCGCCGUGCCUGUCCAGGACAGUCCUCGCCAGCGCCUCCUCGACGGCAAGGGUCUUCCUACAAAGUACCGCAGUGGUUCGCCUCCCUACACUCCUGGCCACAAGGACAAGUACGAUAGUCCCAUCGACUCCAUUGGCGACGAGCUCGAUCCCUUGCCAUAUCGCAAUGGCCUCGGAGCCUCUGUUCUCGGUCCUUGGAACGAGGCUCGAUCCAGACAGAACCCGGAUCUCGUUCGACCUCCAGGCACUGAUCACGGCAAUCUUGCCAACAUGCGUUGGAGUUUUGCUGAUUCUCACAUUCGCAUCGAGGAGGGUGGUUGGACUAGACAAACCACGAUUCGCGAGCUUCCUACUAGUAUCGAGCUGGCCGGUGUUAACAUGCGCCUAGACGAGGGGGUCGUUCGCGAACUCCACUGGCACAAGGAAGCUGAAUGGGCAUAUGUCCUUGAUGGCAGCUGCCGUAUCACCGCCAUUGACUACGAGGGAGGCAACUUUAUCGAUGACGUCCAAAAAGGCGAUCUCUGGUACUUCCCCUCCGGUGUUCCUCACUCCCUUCAAGGGCUCGGCGAGAACGGAACCGAGUUUCUCUUAAUCUUCGACGACGGACACUUUUCUGAGGAGUCUACUUUCAUCCUUACGGACUGGCUUGCACACACCCCCAAGUCUGUCAUCUCAAAGAACUUCAAGCUGGCUCCCGAGGUCUUUGCAAACAUCCCCGAGGGAGAGAAGUACAUCUUCCAAGGAACGACACCCGGCUCCAUCAGCCACGAGGCCCCUGACGGAAAAGGCGUCAAGAAAUCAAAGCACCAGUUCACGCACAAGAUGCUUGCGCAGGAACCCAAGAAGACCUCUGGCGGCGAAGUCAGAGUAACCGACUCCAAGAACUUCCCCAUCUCAAAGACCAUUGCUGCUGCCCACGCCAUCAUCGAGCCCGGCGCCCUUCGUGAGAUGCACUGGCACCCCAACGCCGACGAGUGGUCCUUCUUCAUCAAGGGUCGCGCCAGAGUCACGAUUUUCGCCUCAGAAGGAAACGCCAGGACAUUCGACUACGUGCCAGGCGACGUUGGCAUCGUCCCGAAGAACAUGGGUCACUUUGUGGAGAACAUUGGCGACGAACCCCUCGAGAUGCUCGAAAUCUUCCGCGCCGACGAAUUCAGAGACUUCUCCCUGUUCCAGUGGAUGGGCGAGACGCCCAAGAAGCUGGUCGUCGACCACCUCUUCGCUAACGACCCCGAUGCUGGAGAGAAAUUCUGGGACAAGGUCAAGAGCGCCGAGAAGGAUGAGAUCACCAAGGACACUAGCGUCGAUGCCGAGGAUGUUCAGACCGAGACGGAGGAACUCUGA